AAUUCUAUUAUGAUUUAUCAAAGGUUAUAUGAGUCUAAGUCCUGAGGUAUAUCAGAACCAGACAAACUUAACUCCACCUAUGAUGUUAUGGUUCUGAACAUUGAGCAUUUCAGCAAAAACCUAAGUCCACAAAAUGGACUUGCCAUUGUCUGGCCCUAGCCACUAUACUCAUUUAGUCUCAAGUCCUGUUUUCUGAACAGCUGAUGACUGUCAAUAAUACUGUUGAUAUUGCUGCUGCCUGCUAUUAGAGAGAUUAUUGAGGUUAGGACUGAGCUGUACUAAUCAAAGUUUUAUUCUACUUUUAACAAAACGUUUUGGUAUUAAUAUGGAAAGUAGGGGAAAGUUUAUACUUUCCAAAUUGAAAAAACCUUAAUACGUUCACUGAAGAUAAUCUGAAACCUGAAACUAAUGAUUGUCCUAGCAAUCAAUCAGUAGAAGUUCCACGAAGAAAUUCCACUCCUUCACCGACUUUAACCGAAUUAAAAGUAAGUAUUUUUUAAAUAUGUUUACAAGCUAACAAUAUGUAAAACUUAAAGUAAAAUUCGAAUUUUAUACUCAGACCUCAAGGAACAAUUUUUAUUAUUAUUAUUAUUAUUAGCCUAGGUUUAGAACAUUGUUGUGCCAAUAGGAGAAGUAGGCCUAAGUGUAUGUUUGAUUUUCAAUUUUAUUUCUAGGUAUUGAAUCCAGAUUGCACAUCCAUCCUCGUUUUACCUGACAAUGACUCAACCCAAUGGAAUUUUAACAUGCAUGAAAGUGAAAAUAUCCAAGUUGAAAGAGAAACUAGUAAAGACGUACAUCUUCUUAAUUUCAUUUCAACUCCAGUAGAACCAGAGUCAAAUGAAUGGGAGCUAGAGACGAUAACACAAGUGACAAACAUGGAACAAGAAUCUGGAGCAUCGACAACACUGGAAGAUUUAGAUGAUGCGCUAUCUUCUGUGAGCGACCUAUUUGAGAAUGACAUCGAUGAUCCAACAUACACUCCACCUUCAGGUUCAGAGAGUGAUUCAACUUUAAGUAACGAUUUAGAACAAGUACAAAGUCAAUCUGUAAGUACAAAUACUACAGCAAAUAAUAAUAAUAUAAUACCUCUGGUACCAUACACCGAUUCAGAUGACACGGAGAGCGAGUUACCGAUAGUUACUCAACCUAAAAAUAAAGGAAGAAAAAGAAUAAGGAAUGAAAAAAAGUGGAAAAAAAAACAUUAGAAAGCAGGGACGAAUUUCUGGAAAAGAGCAUGUCAACUCUAAAGGAGAUAUUGUAAAAGAAAGAACUUUAAGACCUCCUUGUAAAACUACUUGUCGCUUGAAAUGCUCUCAGCGCAUAAGUCAUGCACAAAGAGUACACAUUCAUUCUGACUAUUAUAAUAGUGAAAGAAACUUAAGUUCUAAACGCCAGUAUAUAGUUUCUUGUAUUACAACCAAGCCAAUAGCCAGGUCACGACAAAGAGAUGGUUCUAGAAAUAGUAGAAAAAACAGCCAUACUUAUUUUCUCAAAUGGGAUAACAAUUUUGAAAAAGUUUGCAAACAAUUUUUCUUGAACACACUAGUAAUAUCAGAAACAUUUGUUAAGUUUGCUCUCUUAAAAACCCAAAGUACUGGUAUGGUUGAACCAGACCAUCGUGGCAAACAUGUACCAGGAAACAAAAUACCAGAGACAGCAAAGGAUAUCAUAAGAAACCACAUAUCAAAAUAUCCAGCAUAUGAAAGUCACUAUAGUAGGGAAAGGACAAACAAAAAAUACUUGGGUAAUGAUUUAAACAUUUCCAUAAUGUAUACCAUGUAUGAAAAUGAAUGUAAAGAAAAAAAUAUCAAACCCGAAAAGAAAUGGUUAUUUUCAGAAAUUUUCAAUAGAGAAUACAAUUUGUCAUUUCAUUUGCCAGACAAUGACACAUGUGAUUUUUGUGACAGAAUUGAUUGCCAAUUAAAGAAUGCAAACGGUGAGCAAAAAGAAAACCUUCAAGCAGAAAAGCAGAAGCAUCUAGAUGAAGCAGCACGUAGAUACCAUUUGAAAAAAGAAGAUAAGCUUUUGGGACAAGGAAAUGAAAAAUUUAAAGUUGUUAUGGCAGACCUACAGAAGUGUCUUCCUACUCCAGCUCUCACAAACUGUCAAAGCUUCUACUUGAGAAAGCUCUGGACUCUAAACUACACCAUUGACGACAGUAGUGGAAAGAAAACGUGGUGCAUGAUUUGGAAUGAGACCACUGCAGGUAGAGGUGGAAGUGAGAUGGCUUCUUGUUUGUUUACCUGGGCAAAUGAAGAGCUCAAUAAAAGCAGCAUUGACACUCUGACUGUUUGGACCGAUAACUGCAGCGGUCAAAAUAGAAAUAUUAAUAUGAUUUUUAUGUACAUUUGGAUUUUGAAAACUCUACCCAACAUUAAUGAAAUAAACCACAAAUUUUUAUUAGCUGGGCAUACACAUAUGGAGGUAGAUGGUAAACAUGGAUUAAUAGAAAGAGCAAAAAAGCAUCUUAAAACUAACACAAUAUUUACUACUAAUGAUUGGGCGAACUUCAUCGCAUCUUGUAGCAAUAAAAACCCAUUCAUUGUAAAGAAAAUG